AGAUUUCAGGCUAUAUAACGUCUCAGUCUUCAUUAUGAAGAUAAUUCCGUUAUAUCUCAUUUUUUGUUAUUGCAUCAAUGGGAUAUAUGGACGGAAUCACGAGCUCGAUAUAAAUUAUGAUAUAAACAGUACAAGAUAUGCAGUAAAAUAUGAACUAAGUGGCACUAUACUAAAUAGGAUACUUUUGCCAAAAACAAACGACUGGUUUAAUAGAGUUACAGAUGGAAAUCAUGUAAUCUGGGAGGGAUAUAGGGAUGAAAGAUGUGAGAUGCUAAAAUUGCAUCCACAAAAAAGCGAGAAACCAUCAGUAUGUCUUUAUAUAAAGUAUGAUAGCUGUGUAACAUUCAAGCAGUUCGACUAUAGAUCCAACCAUUGGCUUCUUAUCACGGAAAUAACAUAUGGAUGUGCUAGGGAUGUCAACGACUCACUCACUGCCAUACCAUCACUGAACAUUUGUAGUGAUGAAGAAUCUAGGAAAGAAGCAGAAGAUUCUAGGGAGGAUACCUUGGAUUUCGCCCUCGAUGAAAAUUUAUCAAACACAGAAACCUCUGAUGGCUCUAGCGAGGAACCAUCUGAUCAAGUAAUUGCAGAUGAUAGUACAAAUGGGAACCAAUCAGAGAAAACUAAACAAGAUAAUCACCCUUGUAUUACCAAAGACUAUUUUCCAGAGGGAAGAGGUUUUGCAGAGGUAAAGAAUGAGGGACAAACACUUUGGAAAGCUCGUUUUAGAUGUGAAGUUUGUGUCCAUGUAUCGGUUGUAUUGAAACAUGGCAAAUUUCCAUUAGCAAAAUUGCGCAUAAAACUUCAUAGAGACAGCAAUUACUUGUAUUUUGAGAAGGAAAAAGAUGAAUGGAAAAGCAUAGAUAAAACGACAUAUUACAUAAAUUCGAGUAGAUAAAUUCGGUUGGACCAUAAUUCUACAAAGGACAAUAUCGGCACUGUUUUAUUUUGUAGUCAUAAUUUUGUAAUUUUAAUCUAGCCAGACUCAGGCCUGGGUAUUU